CAAAGCCCAUCGUCCAAGCCCAUACGAAACCCUAAAAACCCCUCCUUCAACACAAGGCAACCAGGUAUUUCUUCCUUGCUCUCCCUCUGCUUCCCUCAGCCGCUGCUUGAGUCUCUCAUUCAGAAUCCACAAUGCCGUUCAAGAGGUUCGUUGAGGUAGGGAGGGUGGCUCUCGUCAACUAUGGCAAGGAUUAUGGCAGGCUUGUCGUGAUUGUGGAUAUCAUUGACCAGAACAGGGCUCUUAUUGAUGCCCCUGACAUGGAGAGGUCUCAAAUGAAUCUCAAGAGGCUUUCCCUCACUGACAUCAAGAUUGACAUCAAAAGGGUUCCCAAGAAGAAGGAUCUGAUUGCUGCCAUGGAAGCUGCAGAUGUUAAGAACAAGUGGGAGAAAAGCUCCUGGGGUAGGAAACUCAUUGUCAGGAAGAGAAGGGCUUCCCUCAAUGAUUUUGAUAGGUUCAAGAUCAUGUUGGCAAAGAUCAAGAGGGCCGGUGCUGUUAGGACAGAGCUUGCAAAGCUGAAAAAGACCGCAGCUUAGGCAAUAUUUUCUGUUAUAGUGUUCAAAUUUUGUAAUGAAUUAUCUUCCACCUAGCACUCCUUGUUUGUUACGAGCUUUUCUUUAUCAUUUGAGAUACUUGAAUGUUUCAUCUUCAGAUUAUGUAGGGGGUUUGUGUCAGUACUCAGUUCUCCCAUUUUUGCGUUUGCAUGCAGAUUUGUGAGUGUUGGUUCUUGAGAUAAAAGUAAUUCUCUCAAUUGAUAACUUGCUUGAUUAUUGGGGUC